AUGUCAGUCGACGGCGCCAGGCGCUGUUCCCGGUAUUUCGUUGCCACUGGUCGAAGAAACUACCAACACGACCGACAGAGAUGCACCAGCGCUAUCGUCAUCGUCGUCGUCGAAUGUCACCCAACGCCCAAUCUGUCCGCUACCUCGUCCAUCUGUACCGAACCGCCUGCAAGCGCCACUGUCCACGCUAGGUAUCGUCACAAAAGUGAAGGCGGGAUUUACAGAAUGAUUCACCCGAUUCGUCAGGCCGCUAACAAGCAUCCGGUGGGAAGGCAGCCUGUAGGAAUCCAGCCCUUUGUAUAUGCAAACUUUCUCCGGGCUCAUAAAUGCUAUGAUCUUAUUCCCACGAGCACCAAGCUGGUUGUAUUCGAUACGCAGCUACAGGUGAAAAAAGCAUUCUAUGCUCUCGUGUACAAUGGCGUCAGGGCAGCACCUUUAUGGGACGGUUCUAGCCAUCGAUUUAUUGGAAUGUUGACAAUUACCGAUUUCAUAUUUCUUCUUCACAAGUAUUACAAAUCCAAAGGAGACAAGAUGCAGGAACUGGAGCAGCACUGUAUCAGCACGUGGCGAGGUAACCGCUGA